UUCAGUUUCCGCACUAGCAAAGGUGUUGGAUAUUCUGCUCAUUUUGUUGGCAACUGCUUAAUAGUUACGUCAUUGAAGUCAAAAGGCAAAGGCUUCCAGCACUGUGUGAAGUAUGACUUUCAACCACGCAAGUGGUACAUGAUAAGCAUUGUACACAUCUAUAAUCGAUGGAGAAACAGUGAAAUACGGUGUUAUGUGAAUGGUCAGCUGGUAUCCUAUGGUGACAUGGCCUGGCAUGUUAACACGAAUGAUAGCUAUGACAAAUGUUUUCUUGGCUCUUCGGAGACUGCUGAUGCUAAUAGAGUGUUCUGUGGCCAGCUUGGAGCAGUAUAUGUAUUCACUGAAGCACUCAACCCAGCACAGAUUUUUGCAAUACAUCAGUUAGGACCUGGAUAUAAGAGCACAUUUAAAUUUAAAUCUGAGAGUGACAUUCAUCUGGCUGAGCACCAUAAACAAGUGCUGUAUGAUGGGAAACUUGCAAGUAGCAUUGCUUUUACUUAUAAUGCGAAGGCUACUGAUGCUCAGCUAUGCCUUGAAUCCUCACCAAAGGAAAAUCCUUCAAUUUUUGUACACUCCCCCCAUGCUCUUAUGCUUCAGGAUGUGAAAGCUAUUGUAACGCACUCCAUUCACAGCGCAAUUCAUUCCAUUGGAGGGAUUCAAGUUCUUUUUCCUCUCUUUGCCCAGUUAGACAAUCGCCAGCUGCACGACAGUCAAGUGGAAACAACAGUUUGUGCUACCCUAUUGGCUUUCUUGGUUGAGCUUCUUAAGAGUUCAGUUGCCAUGCAAGAACAAAUGCUUGGUGGAAAAGGCUUUCUAGUCAUUGGCUACCUCCUUGAAAAGUCAUCUAGAGUUCAUAUAACCAGAGCAGUUCUGGAACAAUUUUUGUCAUUUGCAAAAUAUUUGGAUGGAUUGUCUCAUGGAGCACCUCUACUGAAGCAAUUAUGUGAUCACAUCCUUUUUAAUCCUGCUAUCUGGAUACAUACCCCUGCAAAGGUGCAGCUGUCUUUGUAUACCUAUUUGUCAGCUGAAUUCAUUGGAACAGCUACGAUCUAUAACACUAUCCGCAGAGUAGGAACAGUACUGCAGUUAAUGCACACUCUGAAAUACUACUACUGGGUGGUUAAUCCUGCUGAUAGCAGUGGCAUUACUCCUAAAGGAUUAGAUGGUCCUCGGCCCUCACAGAAAGAAAUCAUAUCCCUAAGGGCAUUUAUGCUGCUGUUUUUGAAACAACUUAUAUUGAAGGAUCGAGGAGUGAAAGAAGAUGAACUGCAGAGCAUAUUAAAUUACUUACUAACAAUGCAUGAGGAUGAAAAUAUUCAUGAUGUGCUGCAGCUGCUAGUGGCACUAAUGUCCGAACAUCCAGCAUCCAUGAUACCUGCCUUUGAUCAGAGAAAUGGGAUACGAGUAAUUUAUAAAUUAUUGGCUUCCAAAAGUGAGAGUAUAUGGGUGCAAGCUUUGAAGGUCCUUGGCUAUUUUCUUAAACACUUGGGUCAUAAGCGAAAGGUUGAAAUCAUGCAUACUCACAGUCUUUUCACACUUCUUGGAGAAAGGUUGAUGCUGCAUACAAAUACGGUGACCGUUACAACAUAUAACACACUUUAUGAGAUUUUGACAGAACAAGUCUGCACUCAAGUUGUUCAUAAACCGCAUCCAGAACCAGAUUCCACAGUGAAAAUUCAGAAUCCAAUGAUUCUUAAGGUGGUGGCAACACUGUUAAAAAACUCCACGCCAAGUGCAGAGCUGAUGGAAGUUCGACGUUUGUUCUUAUCUGAUAUGAUAAAACUCUUUAGUAAUAGCCGUGAAAACAGAAGAUGUUUACUUCAGUGUUCAGUGUGGCAGGACUGGAUGUUUUCUCUGGGAUACAUUAACCCGAAGAACUCUGAAGAGCAGAAGAUCACAGAGAUGGUUUACAACAUUUUCCGUAUUCUCUUGUAUCAUGCAAUAAAAUAUGAAUGGGGAGGCUGGAGAGUAUGGGUGGAUACUCUUUCUAUAGCCCAUUCCAAGGUCACAUAUGAGGCUCACAAGGAGUAUCUAGCAAAAAUGUAUGAAGAGUAUCAAAGGCAAGAAGAAGAAAACAUAAAAAAAGGGAAGAAGGGGAAUGUAAGCACCAUCUCAGGUCUUUCCUCUCAGACAACAGGAGCAAAAGGUGGAAUGGAAAUUCGAGAGAUAGAAGACCUUUCACAAAGCCAAAGUCCAGAAAGUGAAACGGAUUACCCUGUCAGUACAGAUACGAGGGACUUGCUCAUGGCUACAAAGGUGUCAGAUGAUGUGCUUGGAAGUGCUGAGAGACCAGGAGGAGGAGUGCAUGUGGAAGUUCAUGACCUUUUAGUUGAUAUAAAAGCUGAAAAGGUAGAAGCUACUGAAGUAAAACUUGAUGAUAUGGAUUUAUCACCAGAGACACUGGUAACUGGAGAAAAUGGUGCGCUUGUAGAAGUUGAAUCUCUUCUAGAUAAUGUAUAUAGCGCUGCUGUUGAGAAGCUCCAAAACAAUGUUCAUGGAAGUGUGGGUAUUAUUAAGAAGAAUGAGGAAAAAGAUAAUGGUCCAUUAAUAACUCUGGCUGAUGAGAAAGAUGAACCUUCUACUAACAAUACCUCAUUUCUUUUUGAUAAAAUACCUAGUCAAGAGGAGAAACUUCUACCUGAACUUUCAAGUAAUCACAUUUCUAUUCCAAAUGUGCAAGAGACACAGAUGCACCUUGGUGUAAAUGAUGAUUUGGGAUUGCUUGCACAUAUGACAGGUAAUGUAGAUAUAACAUGUGCUUCAAGCAUAAUAGAGGACAAGGAGUUCAAGAUUCACACAACUUCAGAUGGAAUGAGUAGCAUUUCUGAGAGGGAGUUGGCACCAUCGUCUAAAGGAUUAGAAUAUGCUGAAAUGACUGCCACAACUCUUGAGACAGAGUCUUCUGGUAGCAAAACUGUACCUAGUGUUGAUGCAGGAAGUAUAAUAUCAGAUACAGAAAGAUCUGAUGAUGGUAAGGAAGCAGGAAAGGAGAUACGGAAGAUCCAGACAACUACCACAACCCAGGCUGUACAGGGUCGAUCUGUCACCCAGCAAGACCGGGAUUUACGUGUUGACUUGGGAUUUCGAGGAAUGCCAAUGACAGAAGAGCAGCGACGACAGUUUAGUCCAGGCCCACGCACAACUAUGUUUCGUAUUCCGGAGUUUAAAUGGUCUCCCAUGCACCAGAGGCUCCUGACAGACUUGCUUUUUGCACUAGAAACAGAUGUACAUGUUUGGAGAAGUCACUCCACAAAGUCUGUGAUGGACUUUGUCAAUAGCAAUGAAAAUAUUAUUUUUGUACACAACACAAUACACCUCAUUUCCCAGAUGGUAGACAAUAUUAUUAUUGCUUGUGGAGGAAUUUUACCAUUGCUGUCAGCAGCCACAUCGCCAACUGGUUCUAAGACUGAAUUGGAAAAUAUUGAAGUGACACAAGGAAUGUCAGCAGAGACAGCAGUAACUUUUCUCAGCCGUCUGAUGGCAAUGGUUGAUGUACUAGUAUUUGCCAGUUCUCUAAAUUUUAGUGAGAUUGAAGCUGAAAAAAACAUGUCUUCUGGAGGUCUAAUGCGACAGUGCCUAAGGCUUGUUUGUUGUGUGGCUGUGAGAAACUGCUUAGAAUGUCGGCAAAGGCAGAGAGAGAGAGUGAACAAGACGUCAUUAAUCAGCAGUAAAACUCAAGAUGCUCUUCAGGGUGUAACCGCAUCAGCAGCAACCAAGACUCCACUUGAAAAUGUCCCUGGCAAUCUUUCUCCUAUAAAAGACCCUGAUAGGCUUCUUCAGGAUGUUGAUAUCAAUCGUCUGCGAGCUGUUGUUUUUCGUGAUGUGGAUGACAGCAAACAGGCUCAGUUUUUAGCUUUGGCUGUAGUCUACUUUAUUUCUGUUCUGAUGGUCUCCAAAUACCGCGAUAUACUAGAACCACAACGAGAAACUGCAAGGUCUGGGAGCCAGGCAGGUAGAAAUAUCAGACAAGAAAUAAAUUCACCGACAAGUACAGUUGUGGUCAUACCAUCUAUCCCUCACCCAAGUUUGAACCAUGGAUUCCUUGCCAAGUUAAUUCCUGAGCAGAGCUUUGCCCACUCAUUUUACAAAGAGACACCAACUGUAUUUCCAGAAAAUAUCAAAGAUAAAGAAACACCGACACCAGUUGAAGAUAUUCAGCUGGAAAGCUCUAUUCCUCAUACAGAUUCUGGAAUUGGAGACGAACAGAUGCCCAAUAUUUUGAAUGGGACAGACUUGGAGACCAGCACAGGCCCUGAUGCCAUGAGCGAGCUGUUGUCUACUUUGUCUUCAGAAGUGAAGAAAUCUCAGGAGAGCUUAACGGAAAGCCCCAGUGAAAUCUUGAAACCCGCAUCAUCAAUAUCCAGCAUCAGCCAAAGUAAAGGCAUCAAUGUCAAGGAAAUACUGAAAAGCCUUGUGGCAGCCCCUGUUGAAAUUGCAGAAUGUGGUCCGGAUCCAAUCCCUUACCCAGAUCCUGCACUGAAGAGAGAAGCUCAAGCUAUUCUUCCCAUGCAGUUCCACUCAUUUGACAGGAGUGUUGUUGUACCGGUAAAGAAACCCCCUCCAGGUAGUCUGGCUGUUACCACAGUUGGAGCUGCCACAGCUGGGAGUGGACUGCCACCGGGUAGUACACCUAAUAUAUUUGCUGCAACAGGAGCUACACCAAAAAGUAUGAUUAAUACAACAGGUGCAGUAGACUCAGGAUCUUCUUCUUCCUCUUCGUCAUCCAGCUUUGUAAAUGGUGCUACCAGCAAAAAUCUUCCAGCUGUCCAAACUGUUGCUCCAAUGCCAGAGGAUUCAGCUGAAAAUAUGAGUAUCACUGCAAAGCUUGAAAGAGCCUUAGAAAAGGUGGCCCCUCUCCUGCGAGAAAUCUUUGUUGAUUUUGCCCCUUUCCUAUCCCGAACAUUGUUGGGCAGUCAUGGACAAGAGCUGUUGAUUGAAGGUCUGGUUUGUAUGAAGUCAAGUACUUCAGUGGUUGAACUUGUUAUGCUGCUUUGUUCACAGGAAUGGCAAAAUUCUAUUCAGAAGAAUGCAGGACUUGCAUUUAUUGAGCUCAUCAAUGAAGGAAGAUUAUUAUGUCAUGCAAUGAAAGACCAUAUAGUGCGUGUCGCAAAUGAAGCAGAAUUUAUUUUGAACCGACAAAGAGCUGAAGAUGUGCACAAGCAUGCUGAGUUUGAGUCACAGUGUGCUCAGUAUGCCGCUGACAGACGAGAGGAGGAGAAGAUGUGUGAUCAUCUUAUCAGUGCUGCUAAGCAUCGGGAUCACGUUACAGCCAAUCAGCUGAAACAGAAGAUACUCAACAUACUAACAAAUAAGCAUGGUGCCUGGGGAGCUGUUUCUCACAG